CUAGUCGCUGCGUUCACCAUCCAUUGCCACACCUGUCAACAAUUUCAAAAUCCACUAAUAAACUAAUUAAUUAAGAUGUGCGAGACAAUCAGACGCCUUCCAAAGCCUCUAUUGCGGUUGAUCACCAGCGGUUUUACUCGUCUGUAUCAGUACAACGUCCAAAUCCCCUGGGCCAUGCAUUCAUCAGUGUGUACAGCAGAAUAUGUAGCUAUCAAUGACGCCAUGAACAUUGAGCUAGAUCAUCUCCAAUGCAAGGUAUUAAAGAUUAGUGGCUCUACAAUUUCUCCCGAGAUCCAGGACGCAGGUGCCUAUACACAGAUACUGCCCUGGACCUCGUCGACUACAAAAAUGCCCGGAUCACUGCCCAGGUCCUCGGUAAUCCUGAUGUCUUCAAGGACACAAUGAAGAUAAUAUUGAAAAAUGAGGAGAACCAAGUGGGAGUAGCAGACCUCAGGAAGUUGUUGCACAUCAUUGAGAAGAACGAGGGUGACAUAUGUCUUCUGAAGACGAUGCUGGAGAGAUACAAUCAGCAGGAUAAUGAGGACAGUGAUUACCUGAUCGGCCCAGUCGUCAUGAGAGCCCUCCAUUACUUGGACGAACCUUUACUUGCCCUGGAGGCAGCCACAGACCCCAAAUUCAAAAUGCUCUACGAUCAACCAAAAACUUUUGCCAUUCUAGUGGAUCUGCUCUACGAGCAUAAAAUGUACAAAGAAGUUCGCGACGUUUACAGUUUUCUCAGACACAGGCCUGUUAGCAAAUUGGUGAUUUCAAUCGUUGCCAUGGCGUGCUAUAAAGAGAACACCCCAGAGAGCUUAGAAUUUGCCAUGCAAAUGUGGAAGGAUGUUUGCAGUAAAAGCAAGCCGUUGAGGAGGACAAUAGUAACACUGACCGCUCUAGCACUCAAUCAGAAUCAACCUGAGAUUGCUCUAAACAUCAUCGCACAUUGUCAUAACUUCAACUCCAUCUCCGUGAGAUCCACCAAAGUCAUGGCUCUUUGUGAUUUGGACCAGUUGGACAAAGUGUUGGUGGACUUUAGACAUGCCUUAGGACAUAACAGUUAUUACCUAGCUGAUGUCGGUAGCAAAUUCAAGGCUGCUGUGAGACGAUUGAACCUCAAACCAGAGGAAGAAAUUCGGAACGUUUUCCAUACUUUGCAACUUCGACGUGCCAUUCAAUCUCUGUGCAACUCCAGGAAGACAAUAAUAAAUAAAUUAUAUCGAAAUGUUAUGCAGACCCUCGACGAGUACAUCUCCACUCCUAUAGACGUUUCGAAGAGACCGUAAUCAUCACCUCAGAGGAACACCAUUGAACUAGACAGCCGAAAACUCGAAGACUGUUCGGGAACCUGGGAUUUUUGCUAUCGAAGCAAGACUGUUACAGAUGAUUCAACUAACAUCACUAGGAACUUUUCGAUCGUGUCAUAUUUAUUGAGUGUUUAUUUGAAUCUUUUACAUAAAAAAUAACUCCCCUGCGAGUAAAGACGAAAA